GGCACAGCCUGAAUUACAACUUGACUUGCAAUUUGAACCUGCCUCACACCAACAUAUUCAGUGCAUGCAUUCUUUCGCUGCCGAGCCGCUAUCGAUACCCAGUCACUGUUCAUGUCAUCAGGCUGAGGCUGUUGGACCUCCAUUCAUGUGUAGUGACGCAGUGUGCAAGUUGUGCAGCAGCAAGUAGCCUUUCUUCAUUAGAUAGCUCGUUUAACGCAACAGUUCUCCACCAGUCGUAUUCGGAAGGAUCGUAUGUAUAUUUCUACACCACCCAAUUUAAGUGUUGAUACUGCGUCCCAACAGAACAUCUGGACUCGAACCUCACUCUCUAUACACGUCACAACACUCAUUACGGUUUCGCUGAUCUGUUCUGGAUAUGACGUGCUCUGACGACUAACUUCCACUAAUUUUAGAUUUCAAUCUCAACUCUUCGUUCAUCGACUUCUACUAGUCGGAACGACAGGUCUGCCAUGAAACUGAAGUUGUAGCAUGACUCAACGCAUGUGGCUGCUUUGACCGACGCCACGAUGCCGGUCGACGUUCCUCAUGUCUGCAAAUCCUGAAUACUAAUGGCGUCACUGUGCCUCUCGGUUUCGAUGCAAGUGAACAUAUGGAACGCUCGUAUAAGAGUUGGCUUGGUUUAACCAUGGAGUCGCUAGUACUGGAACUGUGACGCCGCUAUUCCCAGAAUGUCUAAGCCACCUGGUGCUUUUAGUGCCUUUCAAGUUGUCGGCCUUUUGUCCAUCCUGUUGUCUGUCCAGUCAGCGUCCGUAACAGAAAGCUCGAGCUUGUUCACGUUCCAAAACGAUUUGCUCUCAUUCAACGUUGUCAAGAAGAACGGAUACAUUCAAAAUCUCACAUAUGACGGUGUCUCUUUAUUGGGCUCUGUCUCAGGAAAUGCGGGACAGUUGUAUACGGAUUUCCCCUCGAAAGCAUUUGCUUUGACGGGUAACACUGCACAUGAAGUUGUAUCCGGUGAAGAUUGGGUGGGUAUUAUUCUUACGGACAAUGACACUGCGGGCUCUCUUGUGCAGCGUUCCUGGUUCCUGCGCGACCGCGAAGUAGGUAUACAUAGCUUCGUUCGUUUGGCAUAUUACAAUUCCAACGAUCCCGUUGGAAAAGGUGAACUUGGAGAGGUUCGUACCAUGUUCCGUCCCAACAAUGGACCUUGGACCAUACUAGUGGCAAACGAGGAGCAAUGGGCACCUAUCCCGUCGGCGGACGCAAUUGCAAACCAAAUAGAGGUUCAGGGUGCGACGUGGUAUCUCGGCAACACACCCAGCGAUGGAUAUGUUCAACAGGAAUCGGACUAUUGGACCAAGUAUACAUUCGCCGAUAACCAAACCAAUAAGGCUCAUGGUCUUUAUGGCGCAAAGCCUGAUGGAACACCACUAGCAGUGUGGUGGGUCAUCAACCAGAAUGAUGCUUAUUUUGGCGGUCCAACUCAUGUUGACCUUACAGUUGAUGGUAUCAUCUAUAACAAAUACUCUACAAACCACGGUGGGGCUACUUCUCCCAAUAUCACCGAUGGCUUUGACCGGACAUUCGGACCUCAAUUUUUGUACUUCAACCAGGGCAAGAAAGCAUCACAUCUCGAGCUUUUGAAAGAUGCGCAAGCUCUUGCUGAUCCAGCUUGGAACGCUGAAUUCUAUGAUACAAUCGCUCCUCACGUACCAGGCUAUGUCGUCUCAGCCAAGCGUGGUCAGUUUGUAGCAAAAGUGACCCUCCCCGAGGGUGCUUCGAAGCCUGUAGCAGUGCUGAGUGCGAAUGGUGUCCACUUCCAGGAUAGCGCAGUGGUACCUGGCGCAUAUCAGUAUUGGACUGAUAUCAAGGAGGGAGAAAUAUCACUAAAUCGUGUCAAAGAGGGGACUUAUAGGUUGACUGUAUAUGCUUCUGGGGUCUUUGGUGACUACACCCAAGAUAACAUCGUGGUCAAAGCCGACUGUGCGACGACAUUGAACAAUGUCCUUUGGGAUGCUGAGUCUGCAGGUACUGAGCUGUGGCGGAUUGGCACCCCAGAUAAGACUGCCGGAGAGUUUCGAAACGGCUUUGAGCGCGACCUUACGCAUCCGAAUCAGCCUGCUAAGUAUCGCAUUUAUUGGGGCGCCUGGGAUUUUCCUAGUCAGUUCCCAGGAGGUGUCAACUUCACCAUUGGCAAGAGCAAGGAAGCUAUUGAUUGGAACUAUGUACAUUGGUCGCAAUACGGACCGACUUACAUUCGCAACAAUACGGUUACAGACAUAAACCGAUGGCAGAUCAACUUUGACUUGACCAACGCUCCCGCUGGCAACUCUAUUGCAACCUUCACGAUCCAGCUAGCAGCUGCGAAGACCACUGCUGGUAACACUGACAAUCCGCAAGGUUCCAACCCCAACUUCAAUAUAUCUACCUUUGUCAACGACCAAACUACUUCGCUGGACUGGGAAAUUCAAUGGUUCGAGAGCAGUAGUUGUGGCGAACGUUCAGCCAUCUCAUGCCAUCUACUUUCUCGCAAGGUUGAAUUCCCUGGAACUUGGUUGAAAAGGGGGUAUAACAAAUUUGUGCUUGCUCUGCCGCAUGCCGCCCCCGUUUAUGUGCAAUACGACGCUCUCCGCCUUGAGCUUCGAUGAUCUUCGAACGUUUGUGACCAGCGUAUGCUUCUCACAUAAUUUACAAGGUCAUAUCCAUAGGUAUAUAUAUAUACACACAAUGAGUAGACAACAUCGCCGUAAAUCAAAGUCUACCUAACUCCUCC